ACUCAAACAUCGACGUGCAACCCGACAACAAUCAGCCAUCAUGUCUGCCAACAACAACAACAACACUACUAACGCUUCUACCCUCAAGUCCUACGUUGACUCGGUCACCGGUGCCGUUCAGAAUGCCGUAGGCAAUCUCACCGACAGCCGUCGCGACGAGGUUGAGGGCAAGACCAAGCAGGACAAGGCUCAGGCCGAGCACGACGCAUCCCACGCCGCUGUCAAACUGCCCGGUGCAACCGUGUCCGCCCAGGGCGUGGCCAAGGACCACCCCGACCGCACGACAGGCUCGUGGAACCAGACGGUCGGGUCCACCAAGGAGGCUCUUGGCAACAUCGUCGGCAACGAGAAUCUCAAGCAUUCUGGCCGCCAGCAGAACCGGACCGGGCAGGAGCAGGAGGCGCGCGGGCAGCUCAACGACUUCGCCUCGGGCGCGGGCGACCGCGUGACAGGGGCGGUGGGCUCCGCCGUGGCGGGCCUGACGGGCGACCGGGCCAAGCAGGCCGAGUAUCAGGACCGGCACGACACGGGCAAGACGCAGCAGCGCGGGGCCGAGCACGAUAUCCAGAAGCAGGCUGAGGCUCGUCCGCAGUACUGAUACUCCUUUCCUGUUUUUCUCUUUCCAAUUUCCGGUCGUUGAGGUCGCGGGAUAUGGUGCGUGGAAGAACGGGCGUGUUCGAUGAUGAUACCCUGGAAUAAUGAAGUGAGUAUUCGUUCCUCACAUUGAACUCUGAUGAGAGGAGGGAGGUGGUUCCGGCGUAGCAUGGAUUUUAGGCAGCAGAAUCUCGAAAUUUUGCGUUGAACCAACACAUCAAGAUGGUGGUGGGUUCGCUAAGAAGCAAGUGACUUCGGAAGGACACAGCGGAAAC